AUGCCGGCCGACCCUCCGCCUGCGCCCCCGCUGCCGCCCCAGCGCCAGCAGGCGCGCAACGCCUUCACCAGAUUUGUCCAGCAGUCCUUCACCAGCUACGGCGCGCGCCCGCCCAGCCAGGCGCAGGCCCGCCCCGACAGCGCGCGCCCGCCGCUCCAGCCCAGAAUCCCCGGGCUGAGCUCGCUGUCGUCGCAAGAUGCAAGCCACAAGACCGGCCUUGACAUCAGCGCCGUGCACAUCAAUCAGGAGCGGACACAUGCCGUCCUCGCUGGCCGCGAGAUCCUCAAGACGGUCCGCAUCACUGGCACCAAGUGCGCCGAGGAGACCAACCUGCGCGCUGCCAUCAUCAACUAUGCCUCGCACCACCAGGCCGGCGCCCCCUCCGCGCCAACCAGGCACCGCGACACCCUCGAGAUCCACGAUGUCAAGUGGUCGCAUGGCAGCUACAGCUCCCACAUCGCCACCGCCGCCGCCAAUGGCAAGGUCGUGCUGUACGAUCUCAACCGCACCGGCGUCGAGCUGGCCCAGCUGCACGAGCACCACCGCCAGGUCCACAAGCUGGCCUUCAACCCGCACCAGGGCUACCUGCUGCUGUCCGGCAGCCGUGACGCAACCGCUCGCCUGUGGGACCUGCGCGACAUGAAAAAGGACGUCAUGUCUUGUCCCAGCCGCGACCGCUACUCGGGCCAGAGCGAGGGCAUCCGCGACAUCAAGUGGUCGCCCACCGACGGCGUCGAGUUUGCCUUUGGCACCGAGAACGGCGUCAUCCAGCGCUGGGACUACCGCAUGAAUCGUGCCCCCAAGCUGAAGAUCAAUGCCCAUGAUAAGACCUGCUACGCUAUCGACUGGCAUCCCGACGGCAAGUACCUUGCCAGCGCGAGCGCAGACCGGUCCGUCAAGAUCUGGGACUUCUCCUCCGACCAGCGCCGUCAGAAGGCUGCAUGGUCCAUCCGCACCCCCUACCCGGUUUUCAAUGCCCAGUGGAGGCCGCCCUUCUGGUCUCCGGAUCAAGAGCAUGGCGUGUGGCAAUGCACGCAGCUGGUGACGGCGUACGAUCGGGACCACCCUGUCGUGCAUGUGUGGGACUUCCGCCGCCCGUCGCUUCCUUUCAGAGAAAUACCCCUCUAUCAGACGGCACCUACAGAUCUCUUGUGGCGUUCUCGUGACCUGCUCUGGACCGUUGGCCGCGAAGGCAUCUUCACCCAGUCAGACGUGCACUUCGCUCCCAAGGUCGUAGACAGGCGUAACAUGUCGUCCUUUGCCGUCUCCUCGAGCGGCGACGUCAGCGCUUUUUCGCAGAAGCGCGUCCGGCGGCGGCCUUCCGGCGGGUACGAGUCUGACGAAACUUACACCACCGAUGGGCGAACGAAGCGCGAGCUGUCCGAGAAGAACAGCCUUCCACGAAGCUCUGCAGAUGACAGCAUCGAUGACAGCUUCCUCAGCUCCUCGUACAAGCGCCACCAUGGUCGAACGUCGAGUAGCCGUUCGACAAAGUCGAUCAGCAGCACACCACCCUCCUCGGACAAUCCUGGCAAGAUGCUUUUCCUGAACGAAUCCCUUGCUAAUCACAAACACUCGUUCACGCCAAAUCAGGUGGCCAUCCGCGGUUCUGUUCCCGGAUCCAUCAACGUGCCUCUAUUUACGUUUCUUGCGCAGAAGUACAACAUGAUCGCGAUCGAGGAUCCCCCGACAAUCCAAUCGUUCCAGAACCUCCAAAGGGUGUUUGAUGCAAAUGCAGAGUACGCCCAGAAAGCUGGCAACCAUCGAUUGGCGAACUCGUGGAGGGUGGUGGGUCAAACAGUAUCGGAUGCUGUGCAACAGCGGGCGGCUGCAAAUCACCGGUGGAGACUGGAGCAGCAGCCAACUACUCCGGCCAAGCCACUUCCGUCAGCAGUGAGCAAGAAUGUAUUGACAGAGAAGAAAGAGCAGGAUCUCCUUGCCAUCCCUGCCACGCGCGCAAUCUACGGUCCAGAUGGGCAGGCCCAGGCUCCGGCCGACAGCUCAUCACAGGUACCGACGCCGAUCGCUCGCGCAAUCAACCCAGCCAAGGCCUCGACGCACGCAGAACAGACCGCUCUCCCAGACCCUGAGCACGACGAAGCCUUGGCGCUGCCGCCCUCCCUUGUAGAGAGAUAUAUUCCCAGAGGCCAAGGCCGGCCGGAACCCUCGUCCCGGCGUCAGGCGCGCAGAUCGAGCAUUGCGCACCCCUCAUGGGCCGUCUCGCCUAACGAGCUCGAUGAGCGACGGGCGAUGGCGAGCAGCUACAGGGUUCCGCCGCGUGUUCCUCUCAGCUUAGAGCCCUACGGCAGCAGCCCAGCUCUGCAUGGACGCCCCGAUUUCGAUCGACAUAAUUCUGGAGAAAGCUUUGCCAUGUUUUCCGCGUCGACCGACUCGCACGGGUUAUCCGUGCCGGGCUCCUUCGCGAGUGGUAGAUCCCCGUCGCACGUGCAGGAUGCGGAGUCCUUGCAGGACCGUUGGGACCACCAGAGCAGUGGCCCGGCUUUCUCGAGCUUUGGUAACGGCGCCACAUCUGCGAGUGGGCCAGACCCAUACAUGGAGUCACCGGGUGGCUUACAUGCUGACGUGCAUAAGGGACCCCCGCUGCGCAUCAAUUUUGAUGACUCGGUACCAGAUCAUGGGAACAUUAGUAGCAGUGCAAGCGAGCAAGGACGCAUUGCGCAUAAGGCCAUAGCUCCAAGCGUUGCCAACACCGAGCCGGGUACCAACGUCAUCAGCUCGAGCUCGGAGCAAAGCAGGGCGAUCCAUGACAUUGAGACGCUGCGGAAGCACAACCAGCUCAUGCGCAACUCGAGCUCCGAGUCUGACGCGUUUACAAGCACUCACGGCAGCUACUCAGAACUGUCCGUGAGUAACUUCGACAUCAUGGAAGCAAGCGGCACCAUUGUGCCCGACGGUCCAGCUGACGCUCCCUCUCCGAACCUCGCCCGCCCUCCCUCGUUGAUCCAUGAAUCCAUCAGCGCCCCUGCUGCCAUCGAGACAGUAGGUGCAGACAAUGACGCUGUCAUCCUGUCUGACUACCUCUCCAAGCAUGCGAGCGUGGACAGUGAGCUCAGCGCCCCAUUUACGCUCGUAGACGUGCUUCGAUGGCUUCUUGACUUCCACACGAACACCCUCUCUGAUGCGCAAACAGUGUCCAUUAUGCUUCUUCUGAUCUCCGACUUCCUCCCUCACACUCACCCUCUCACAGAUGUCUCUACCUCUACUCUCCUGAACCAGUAUGCAGAACACCUUCAUUCUCUCAACAUGUCGCCUGCCCAGAUUCGCGCCAUUCUCAACUCACAGCUUGCGCCUCUCACGCGUACUGGCAUCAAUCCACUGCAAGCCGAGUCGAUAUUGCAGACGUAUCACACACAGCUCCUUUCACUUGGCCUCUUCAAUUCUGCUGCCCUUCUCCGGCGAGUGGCAUAUCCAACGUAUCCAGCUGUGUAUGAGCAAGCACUGCAGGAGACGCAGAUUGGACUUCGGUGCACACAGUGUAAGAAUCCCAUCAACAACCCAGUGGAUAAGACCUUGUGCGAGAAUUGCAAGGGGCGGCAGGCCCCAUGUCCCGUGUGCUGGAGUGCAUUACCACCAGCAGACAUAGUGCCGCUUGUUGCACCCAAGAGACGAAGCAAAAGCCGAAGCAAGACGAGAAGCCACCAGCACAGUGCAAGCGUGAGCAGCAUCACGAUACCUCGGUCAAACGCUAAACACAAGGCCGCCAACGGAGGCCGGCACAGCCACACGCCUUCAGAUGCUUCCCUGCAAAUGUCCCGCACGGCCACAACCGCAACAGCGACGACGGUAAAUUCCGCCGCCGACGGACCCUCGCUCGACUCGACGGCGGCAGACGGCCCUUCUUACGUCGACGCAACGGAAUCGCCGGGUUCGCCACCUUUGCCACCCGUGCUCUACUCCUCCUGCGCCACGUGUGGCCACUCGGCGCACACGUCCUGCCUGCGCGCCUGGCACGUCGACACGACCCUUUCGCUCGGGGCCUGUCCCGUCAGCGGUUGCCUGUGCGACUGCGUGCGCGGGCCCCUUCGCGACGAGAAGCUCGAGGAGCUCAAGCGCCGCAAGGCGGGCGAGGAGCGCGGCCGGGUCCGCGACGACGGCCGCCGCGUGCGGGACAGCGGCGCGGCCAUGAGAGCGGCCGCCAUUGCCACGCGUGGCGGCGGUGCGGCCGCCGGCGUCGUCGGAGACCGAACCGCGCUGGGCGGUGGCGAUAAGGGCGGCGCCGUUUUUGGUGCGGGAGGAGGCUUGGGUGGCGGCGGGGGCACUGCGUUCGCGGCGGCGGCGGCGGCGGCGGCGAGUGCGUCAUCGCGAGCGAUGGGGUUGGCGAGAGCUGAGAGUAUGAGGAGUGAGAGUCAGAGGGGCAGGGGUGUGGAUAGAGAUGUGGGGGGCAGGCUGGAAACGCGAGAUGAUAGCAGCGCAGGGAUUUCCGCGGGGGGUGGUGGAAGGAGAGUGAGACUCGUAGAGCCGUCGGGUAGAAGUACUUGA